AUGGACUCUCCUGUGUCUCAGCAUGCUGCUUCGCAUAGCCCUGCAACUCCAAAGAAAAGUCCGCGGGCUAGGGUACGAGUUGGCCGAGCCUGUGACUACUGCAAAAGCAAAAAGAUUCGAUGCACCGGAAAGCAGCCCUGUCCAAAGUGUGUUCAAGAGGACAUCGUUUGCGAGUUUAAAGCCCCAUAUGCCAGGGGUAAGCGAAGGCCUCGCCCCAACUUGGGGAUUCCGUCCGAGUCACCCUCGAUCUCACCCUAUCCUCUUUCAACUGCCCAGAGAGUUCAAGAUACCCUGCCUGAGAUCCAUGACCAUGGUUCAGCUAGCAUCGCAAUUGAGAGUGGCUCAUGUGAGGGACAAGAACUGGGAAAUGAAGCUUCGCCAGAACCGGGUGAGAGUGAUCGCCAGGGUCAUUUUGUUGGCGCUUCAUCAGGACUUAGCUUUCUUCUCCGCUUGCAACGACGCUUGAGAGAGAAUAGUGGUGGAUCAACCGAAACUUCAGUCUUUGCUCUCGGCGAUCCUGUUCUGCCUCAAUUCGACAACGGUGCAGUCGUUUUACCCCGGAAAGAGAAGGCGGACAGCUUACUGAAGACCUACUUCGAGCUAUCCUCGCCAACGUACAGAUUCCUUCACAGACCUACAGUUGAGGGUUGGUUGGAAGAAUUGUACCAAAAUGGCAUGGUUUCGGCACCUCACUCUAGAAGUAAAUAUGCAGUCAUCAUGACCAUGUUUGCCCAGUCGAUUCAGUACAUCGAGUCGCAGGGUACUUCUAACGUCAGUAAUGGCAUGCUCUACUUUCAGUCUGCCGAACAGGAGCUCAAUCGUGAGACAGAACCCGCUACUUUGACGAGCGUCCAAGCUCUCCUCGGUUGUUGCUUCUACAUUAUGACUCAGUCACGACUCAAUCACUGCUGGAGUCUUUUCGGCACAACCUCAAGACUUGUACUUGCAUUGGGAAUGCACCGGAAGAAGUUUAAUCUCGACGGCAUAGGCGACAGCACAGGAUGCCUCAUCGAAUCCGAAUGCAGGAAACGGACAUUCUGGUGUGCAUACAACCUGGACAGAUACUUGAGUGCCAUCUUCGGCCGGCCGUGCGCCUUUCAUGAUGACGAUAUUGACCAAGAGGCCCCUGACCUCAUUGAGGAUCACGCUUUGGGCAGUACAUCUGUGGAUGUCGCCAGUCGAAGAGCUAUGAAUAUUAUGCUGGGUCCCCUAGCACACCAACAGCUGGCUAGGAUACUGAGCAGGAUCUUGAGACAGCUCUAUGGCAUCAGCUCGCUGGAUGGGACAGAAAGGCACGAAACGAUGGCCAGACUGGGCGCUGAGAUUCAAACCUGGCGAGACCAGCUCCCAGCUUUCCUUAAUCCGGACAAAGUCGACUCCCGCAUCCUGCAACCAAUCUACCAACGGCAGAGCAAUACUCUGAGCCUCGCGGCUGGACACUGCCUGAUGCUCAUUUAUCGCCCAUGUCUCUUCAACGACUACACAAAGUCCAGUCAUGAUAAGGGGACGAAAGAAAAUGUCAAGAGAUGCGUUGACGCAGCCUUGAGUGUCGUGACCAUCAUUGACUACAUGGUCGAGUCGAAGCAACUGUAUCCCUCGCUCUGGUUUGCACCGUAUCAGGCGUUCUGCGCAGUGGUUGUGCUGUACACAUAUACCAUUCGGAAUCACAAAGACAACCAGGCUCCUUGGAAAGAGCACUUUGAAGCGGCAGAGCGCUGUCAAAGGCUAUUGUUCAGCAUCACUAGCCCUAGCUCCCUCGGUCGGCGACUAUCCGUCAUCAUGGAGGAAUACCGUCUUGAGGUCAUAAACCAGGUUCAGCAAAGCUCUCACCCGCAUACCAGCAAAUCCAUUUCGCUGUCAGAAACUGCGCUUGAGCCUGGUGCAACAUCGUGGCUCGAGAGCAUCGGAACUGAGGAUAAUCUGUUGGAGCUGAUGGAUCUUCCUAACUGGGAACAAUUGGAUUCAUUGGUCCUUGAUCUGGGCAGAAUCAUCCCCGAGCUGGACUUCAUGAGCGCCAAUGCUGGAUUCUGA